GAAGUGUACGAAGUGGCGGGCAGCACCAUCCCGGGUGUUCGGUGUGUUCAAACAGGGAGGGUUGAGGGCGGCCUGGCGCUCCUCUCGUUAUUUAACACCACUUUUAGCCAGCUUGGUGGGCGUGAUGAAGCCCGAGGAGCUCUUCUCCAAGGAGGUGUUGCUAUGGCGAUAUGUGCGAGCCUUGGCGUGCCUGUUGCUGCUGCAGGUCGUGGCCCCGAUGGCUGUGUGCAACCUGUACCAUACAGUUGUUGCCCAGGGAGUUUGGAAUCCAGUUACCAUCGUCUCAAAUCUUGUAACGUCGUGCAUCUAUCCAACGAAACUGAUGCGUCUGGUGGUUCCUGCCGUGUGUUUUGUCUUGCUGGCAAGAGUCCACAUUAAGUCGUACGCUGUGAGUGCAUGGGUGCCGCUUAACCGCUGGGAGAAGUGGAGACGAAUUCUUUCCCUGACGGUACUCUUCAGGAGUGGCCUCAUUAUGAUUGCUUGUGCACUAUUGGCGAACUUUUAUACGUCCCUCGCACACCCUGACUUCCCCUUCUUUUUAAGGGCAUGUAUGCCUGGGGAUAUCAUGUGCCUUAAACGCAAGACUCUGAUAAUGUUCAUGGGUGUGUAUAUGGGAUAUCACUAUAGCUACAAGUACUUCAUGGCCAAUGGGAAUGUGGUGACGCCUGCCCCUGCACACCCACGCAAAUUGCAGUUGAUCAAGGCAAGCUUGAGCCUCCAGAACUUGCGGGAUGCCUGCAAUACCUACGGGGCCAGCAAACUUUCAUUUUUGUUUGCCAUUUGUUUCUAUAUGGCUGUUGCAAUAGCGAUAAGUUUGAUGUAUGGUGGGACGUGGCAAGAGUGGCUGGUGAUCUUUGACUUGUCACUGAUGAUGAUGACCAUGCUGGCCACUGUGCUCCUGGCCAUCAGUCUCGCCCUCUUCUCUCAGGUCUUCCAUAUUUUUAUAACAGAGCCUGUUGAGAUUCCAGUUGCCACCGAAGAGGACAGCAACCCUGAAGCAGAUGGAUGCUCAUGGAGGCUUUGUCAUGCCCUCAGCUCCUCUGGUCUCCUCCAACUUCUAGCAUUCUAUGACCUCAAGUCACUGGCAGCUUCAGACCCUAGAAACUUUGCUAGACGUUCUCAAGUUUUCACCAUCAGUCAACCAGGUGGUCAUCCUCGGAACUGGCUCGGCAUCGUGAAUCCCUCUCUCAAUCUGAUUCGUAAAUUCUGUGAAAGGCUCCGUAAACACAACUGCCCAGAGAGCCUCCCUAAGGUGUCCCCUGUUCCUGCUGGGACAGGAUUUGCCCCAACUGAUGUCAACAAGAAUGAAGUUGCCAAGCUGCCACAGGUUCCACUUAAGGAGAGACUAAUAAAUGUUAUAAUGGGUUUGAAAAGAUUUCCAAUAUUCGGAUAUUUUUUGUCUGACCUUCCUGACUCCACUAACCGAAGCAUCUUCGCUGAAGGGCUGCCUGUCAUAUGGGCUAUUCAGGCUCUUGGGGACCUGACAGCAGCAUCCUUCACAGAAGACAAAUAUGGUGUAGUACAGAGGAACAUACCAGAUAUACUAAUGGCUUUCACUCAACUGCAGAAGGUGGUGGAUGGCUUGGGUCGAGUAACAUUGGCCAGGAGAGCAGGCACGGGGGAAAGUCUACCUGCUGAGUUACAGUUGAGGAAAGCACUCAGAUUUUCCCUCAGAUCAGCAUUAUACACAAUCACCACAACUUUUGGCCAUACUGUAUUGGAGAUGCAAGUAUCAUGUGAGUGUCAGAAUAAAUUGCUGUCUUACUUGGAAUUCAAAGAAGGUUGAUACUGCAAGGGACACAUCUGACUUGUACGAAAUUUCACUAUGAUCACUGGAAGAGGAAAUAAUAGCUUUCGGCACCUGUCGGACAACUGCAUCAGAGCUUUUGCUUAUUUCAGACUUGCACAACAAGACUAUCUGUUAAGAGUUCUGACACAACUGAGACAUCCUUGUGAUCAUGGGAGAAAAUAAGCAAUAUUCUGCAAAUAGUAGAGAAAGGGAUGUUUUGUGACAUGCAGUAAAAGUGUUGUCCACAGGCUGGCUGUGCCAUAGAGGUUUCCCUAACCAUUUGAAAUAAAGUGACAGAAACCUUUUUUUCUUAUGGUGGGCUCUAGUUAUAAUUAAUUACCUAAGUGUGGUUACAGGAUAAGAGCUACACUUGAGGUGUCCCGUCUUCCCAGUACUUUUUGUCAUGUGUUGAUGAGUAUUUGCAUUCAAGGAUAAGAGCGCUGGAGUUAUGCAUCUUAGCAUUUUGGACUGCUGUCAAUGUAUUGCUUGGGGAAGCUUCCAGUAAGUCAUUUGAAAGUUGUCAAAGGACGUGAGAAGUGUUAAAGCUUCAAGUGUCAGUUGCUAAGUGCAUUCUUGUGCAUAUGAAAAAGUAGUGAAAACAUUAGUUUUAUAAUUUGGCCUUUUUUUUUUAUUUUUAAUCCAUAUGCAUUUACUACCUAAUAAAAGGUGAUGAAAGAUCAAACUUUCCUGGAGAUGGACGCUCAGGAAGUAUUGAUGCUUCUGGACCAUAAGGAUUGAUAUUAUGGAUAAUGAAUUUUUUCCAAUAAUAUGGUACAGGUGUACUUAAUUUUUUAAGAUAUAAUUUCACAUACAAUGUCAAAUUUGAAAAAUACUCAGUGUAACCAUAUUCUAAAGAUGCUACAGAAUUACACUUGCUGACUUUAGACUUUAAAACUGACUUGUUUGUGUUUUAAUGGUAAUAUAUCUUAUGUGAGAGGGUGAACUUAGAUUUUGGGGGCUUAUUCUGUAUAUGAUUGAGACUUCUUCCUUUCUUCCUUAUACUUCCCUCUAGGAAGAUGCUUAUUUGAUUUUGGUAUAAAUUUGUUCUGUACCCUUUAUCCUCUUAAGGCUGCUAUUCUCAGAGGCCUACACCUUUCGUGUACAAGAUAGCUGAUGGAUGGAAGGGUUAAAAUACUGAUGGUGAUAACUUGCUAGUUGAUCGUCGUCUUGGUAGGUGGAGUGAUAUCCAUGCUCUUCACUACAGACUCGGUUAUUCAAUCUUGUCAUAGUCUGUAACUCGUCUGACUUUAACCUCGGUAAAGGAAUUCAUUUCCACAGGUUUGUGGAGAAUUCUGUAUAAAAUUCACACAAUUUUGAAAGAA